AAGUUUGAGCUCGGAGCUCAGUGGACAGAAGAAGCGUCAGCUCAGACAGCAGGAAGCAGCGCGGACAGAUAUGGACUCUGUUCUAGACCCUUUCUCUGGUCUGGACUCCCUCUCAUCCCCUCCUUACUUUGACGAGGACGAAUUCUUUACCGACUCGUCCAGGGACGGACAUUUGGACACCGACGACUUUCUGGAUGAAGACGUGGACUUCCUCAGCGCGCACCUCCAAGACUAUUACAAGGAUGGAGCGGCUCCUCAUGAUGGAGACUACAACGUGGGCAACCUGUCCUUCUCGUCAUCGUCUUCCACAUUCUCCUACGGCUGCGCUGACAACACUUCCGAGCUGUCCCCUCACACAGGCUCCCGUGGGGGUUCACUGUUGCGUCGGAGGCGGCGGAUGAGGUCUGAAGUGGAGAUGCAGCAACUCAGACAGGCGGCGAACGUGCGCGAGCGUCGAAGGAUGCAGUCCAUCAAUGAUGCAUUUGAGGGGCUGCGCUCCCACAUCCCUACGCUGCCCUACGAGAAAAGGCUGUCCAAGGUGGACACGCUGCGCCUCGCGAUCGGAUACAUAAACUUUCUGGCUGAGCUCGUGCAAUCCGACUUGCCCAUUAGGAACUCCAACAGUGACGCGCACGCGCAACCCAAAAAAGUAAUCAUCUGCCACAGAGGGACAAGGUCUCCUUCUCCCAGUGACCCGGAUUACGGCCUGCCUCCUCUGGCGGGACACUCUCUGUCCUGGUCCGAUGAGAAGCAGCUGCGAGAGCAGAACAUCAUCCGAACUGCAAAAGUUUGGACCCCUGAGGACCCCCGGAAACUGCAGCACAGAGUGGGCCUCGCAGACAUCGAGAACGAACCUCCUUUUGGCCUGGUGGCUUGAACUGGACCUACACGUUUGGAGUGGUUCCGCUAAACUCAGAGUUUAAAAGUCAUUACGCCAGUGCGUGCUGGCGCAUUCACUCCUGUAAAAAAGUUUUUUUAUCAUGUUGAUAAUUUUAUUUUUGUAAUUAAAGCAGCAGGCAAUCGUGUAUUUAUUUUCCACGGGUUAUAAUAUAUAGAUUAUUUUUAAUUUAAUUGAAAGAAAAUCUAUUUUUGGUAUUUUGCUGUAUCUGCAAAUAAAAAGUACAACACAA